AUGCUGGAAAAUCUAGCAAGGAAGGUUCUGGUAUGUGUGGUGGAAGCGGUUGAAAAUGGAGUUAAUAAUAAGUAUAUUAUGGAGUUGAUUCUUUUCAUAGUAGGGAUUUUUCGAAAGGCCUCUUCCUUGACAUCGAUGGGCUUGGAUGUGUGGAAUGGAAUACCAUACUCCAAUCAUUCGGAUGGCGCCUUUCGAAGAAGCAGGAUUAAGAUAUUCCAAGGCAUGAGGGUUGCAUUCAUCUGCGAUGGAAAUAGAAGAUAUAUGAAGAAGAUUGGGCAGAAAGACAAGUUUACAAGAGAUCCAGGCCUCCAGAAAAUAUACGAAUUCAUUAAUUUCGGGUACUUUUAUGGUCUUAAGGAAGUUUCUUUUUUCUGUUUCGCCUUAAGCAACCUUAGAAGAACUCCUGAAGAAGUGAACGGGAUAAUGAAUAUUAUCCGAAAGAAGAUAAAAAAUCCUAAAAAGACAAGUAUCAAGCCAAAGUUUUUAGUUUAUGGAAGAUUGGAUCUCCUUGAUUCGGAUGUCAGAAACAAGCUUAUAGAAGUAGAAAAGGAAACUGAGAACAAUACAGAUAUAGUUGUGAAUAUUUUCUUUGCGUAUUCCUCGGAAGAUGAAAUCAAUAGAGGAAUAAAAUUCGACAGUAAAGUCGAUAUACUUAUAAGAACAGGAGACGCAAAGAGACUGAGUAAUUUCAUGGUACGCCAAGUUGCAACGGGAACAUCUGUAUUUUUUGCAAAAGUACUGUGGCCCGAAUUAACCAUUGUACACCUCUUUCUGAUACUCCUGAAGCACCAGCUAGAGAAUAAAUAUUUAUUGAAUUAA